GAAGAGGAGGAGGAGGAGGAGGAGGAGGAGGUUUCCCAGGGAAGCAUGCCAUCCAUCACCAUUCGCUAGAAAAAGUGCGUCAACUUGCCAGACUUUUGUGCAGCAAUAAAGGACGCUAAACGGCGAUGGAGGAAAUAAUAAGGCCAGCAAACCAAGAGAAGUCUGAGAAUGCGGCGCUAUUGACUCAACAAGGUCACCAGCAACAGGAACCAGCGGAGGUUUGUCAAGCUUCUCAACUAAGCGGCCUUAAAGGGGCCCCGGCUAACGGGGGCGACGACACCCCCCCGAAAGCUGCGCCAGAUGCCCCAGCCGGGGAGAGCGUCCCAGAGAUGGAGAAAAAGCUGAAAGAAAAAGAGGAAGAAGUGACCUUCCUCGUCAACGCUCUCGCCGACGCCGAGAUGGUCACGGCGUUGGUCAACAAGUCGUGGAAGGAAGCGUACCAGCAGCUGAAAAAGUCCUGGGAGGACGACUCCCACGACUUGGUGGCAGCCGUCAACGCCGAGUGGCAGCAGUGGUGGGCCUUCAGGGAGCAGGAGACCGCCGACCAGUUUCAGACCCAGCGGGAGAACAUGCAGUGGCGCAUGGACGACAUGGCCGCCCAGUUCCAAAUGGAGAUGGAGGGCAUGCAGAGGCACAGUUUGGACAUCAUCGCCUACUUCAGAAUUACCAUGGAACGUCUCCAUCGGCGCGUGCGGCGGCUCGUCCGGGAAAAGAACCGCCUCGUCGCAAAACUGCAGAAUGAGAACUGCUGUCGAGUGGCAGAGAACGGCGAGACGUCCCACGACAUGAACGCACCACAAGAUGCGGGGAUGGCUUUUGUUGAGGUGGUCCGAGGAGCGGAGGAGGAUCUCAACCAUCGUCCCGCAUCAUAAGCAUAUUCAUAUGCAGCCCAAGACCAGGAACCGAGACCUCCCUCUCGCUGCCUUGUUCCCUAUGAGCUGGACUUCAAAUCAAAUCAACUUUAUUUGUAUUGCACUUUUCCUGCAAAGACAUGCAACACAAAGUGCUUUACAGAGUAAAAAAAAAAUACUACAAUUAAAAGGAAAACAAAUACUAAGAAAGCCCUUUCAACACCUCAUGACGGACAAGCCACUGUAGCCAUUUUCUCACGGUGCAACAUCAAGCUAGCUGCUAUUUAUUGCUGCGUGGAACACAUCGUUCACACCGCGUGAAAUGAAUUACUCCACUCUCAAUUUUGUCAUCAUUUUCAUCACGAAACCCAAAAAAAGAUUUGAAAAAUUGACAAAAACUGCUGCUUCACGUUCUAAUCAAAAAAUGGAAACCAAAAACGUCCCGUCCAUGUCUUAUUAUUCAAAAUAAUAGCAAUAAAUGAAUAUCGUCCAUGUUUUAUUUGGACCUUUUUUUACAUAUAUUUAUUACUUUACUCAUACUUUCAUAGCUGUCAUGUUGCACAUGACGGGUUUGAGUCCACAGGUGUCAAACUCGUGCCAUGGACGGCCGAGACACCGCAGGUUUUCUCCCCCACCAGCAGGUGAUUUCAUUGACGAAACCUCCCUCCAAUUAAAGGUCAUUAAAGUUCAUUAAAGAUCAUUAAAGAUCAUUAAAAUCACCUGCUUUCGGAAUGAAAACCUGCAGUGUCUCGGACCUGCGUGACGCAGGUUUGACACCCUCGCUGUGCUUUUCCUUUGUUCGCCGCCAUUUCCUUUUUAUUGUGCUCUUAUUUUGGUAUUUCCAGUUCCUGUUUUACACAGUUGUCAGGUCUCUUGACCUGGUCCUGAGACUGCUUCAGGCCUCAGCUGGUCCUCGUUAGCAAUCAGCAGGCUUAAGCACAACACUGGGACUGGGACUGUGUGGGAUUACAGGAAGUGAUCUAAAUGGUGAGUUUAUGGCGCUCUGGACUUUUGUGUUUUGUUGUGUCAGUGAACCAUGCAACUCUUUGGGAGCUCAGGUUUGAACCCCUAAGACCUUUUUUUUGACGACAUCAGCUGAUGUUUCUGCAUCCUGAUGUGGCGCUACAACUAAUUAUAGCAAAAUAUAAUAUACAUUUUAGAUUAAUUUAGCUUCAUUCACAUUAUUGGAGUUAAUUUAGCCAUUUUUAUAGCCAAGAUAAAUAAUGGAGACACACAACUUGUCUCCAUGUGUUACUUAACAUUGCAGGAAGGUUUAGAAGUUGUGAAUGAAAAAUAUUUUUUUUUUUUUUUCAAUGGGAAAUUUUUAAUUAUGUUAGCUAGUUAAUUUUUUCUGUACCCGCUUUUUUUUUUCAACGCCACCGAAAUGUCUUGAAAUAUAAAACUAAUGACUAAAAAGUGUCCUUGGGAUGGAGGGCCACAGUUUGAAAAGGCAAACACGUUUAAAAAAAAAAAAAAAAACGAAAAACGGAAAUAUCCAUCCAGGAAAAAAAAAUAAUAAUAAAAAAACAAGUAUAGAAAGAUUAAGGGCAAAUAAGAUGGACAUGGUGCACAAAUCCUCCGAUGACUCCUUGGGCCAAGAAUUGAUUAGAGUGGCGUCCUCCGAUCGAUAACCGCGCAACAUCCAUCUGGCAUUUGCAUGUGCUUACUCAGCACCAGCGACAUCAGCAGCACUCGUGUAGCGAUGCUCCGCUUCCCCUUGGACGUGUUUGCAUUUGCAAAAAGCCGCUUCACUUCCCGUGUUUUUUUUCCCCCCGUGUCAGCCAUCACUUUCUGUUCCAGGAGCAUCGGCCCCCCCCCCCCACCUGAUCACCAAAGUUGGCGGUCCGAGCUUGGCCUUGUCUUCUCCCAGCAUCCCUCAAACCGUGUCCGUGAUCGAUGCCGCCUGCACUCUACCCGUCACAGCCCCGCCUCCACCCACCGACACAGAGAAUGCAUGACUGACAAGAGGGCUCACUAUGGACUAUGAAACCAACGCAGAGUGAACCCUCUUCCUUCCUGCUGGGGGUCAGGGGUCAGGAAUUCAAACAGGUGUCAAAUAUCCCCUUCAAACAACCCGGACGUCCACGUCGUUCCUCGGCAGCAUGACAGCAUCCCAUGUGGCUUGCGGUGUUUAUUCCUGCACGGGGGUGUUGUGGAUAUUCCCUGAAGCCUACAUUCCCUUUCCCUCUGCAGCCGCGCUAGCCCAGCAUUCCUGGCAGAUCCUGCAGUGAGGAGAUAACGCCAACAUGCCUGAUGGCCAUGAAGUUGACAAAGAAGGCGGAGUGUAAGAAUGAUUCUGAAAAAAAUCAGCAUGGAGGUUGGUGUUCACCCCAGUCGCCUACUGGUGCGUUUGGCAACGUAACUCGAAUGACAUUUAAUAAAACAACCGUGAAAAGCGGCGUCCCUCCAGAACUUCCUUCCUUUCUAC